GAAGUUCACAGCUCGACGCCAUGGCAAGAACCAAGCAGACCGCCCGUAAGUCCACUGGUGGCAAAGCGCCCAGGAAGCAGCUCGCCACUAAGGCUGCUCGCAAGAGCGCCCCGGCUACCGGCGGCGUGAAGAAGCCUCACCGUUACAGGCCCGGCACCGUGGCUCUGAGGGAGAUCCGCCGUUAUCAGAAGUCUACUGAGCUGCUUAUCCGUAAGCUGCCCUUCCAGCGCCUGGUGAGAGAAAUCGCUCAGGAUUUCAAGACCGACUUGCGUUUCCAGAGCUCGGCCGUCAUGGCCUUGCAGGAGGCUAGCGAGGCGUACCUGGUCGGUCUGUUCGAGGACACCAACCUGUGCGCCAUUCACGCCAAGAGGGUGACCAUCAUGCCUAAGGACAUUCAGCUGGCCCGCCGUAUUCGCGGAGAGCGCGCUUAAACCUCAAUUCUGUCUAAUGUACACAAAGGCUCUUUUAAGAGCCACCACAUUCUCUCUGAUAAAUGAGCACUUCUUCAUAUC